AUGUUCGACGCGGGAACCGGCGUCCGGCGCGGGAACACCGGAUGGCUUGAGCCGGAAAUCGAGGCGCUCUACCGGCUACUCGAGCCGUUGUAUCCGGAUUAUCAAGAAGGCCAACGCGGCGCCGUCUACAAGGAGGUCUCGCAGCGGCUGAAGCGAAUGGGCAUUCAGAGAGAGCCCACCCAAGUCCAGAAGCGUCUCUCCACCGACCACCGACGAUUGAAUGAAAUUGUGUCAGUCACAAAGGGCCAAGUGGAUGAGAAAAACCUUCCGAAAGGCCUUGUAGCGCUGUAUCGAAUGAUGGCCGGAAUUCCAUCAAAUUUGCCGCCAGUUGAUGAGAAUCUUCUCAACUUCGAUCAGCCGCGAAGCAAUUCAAUGGACGGGCUUGAAGCGCUUGACGAUUUCCUGGACGACGAUGCGGCAGGCCUGGUCCAAGUCAAGGCCGAGCCAAUGAUGCAAAACGAGGGCUUCACGUUUGCCAAUGGAACCAACGGACUCCCAGAUGCUUUCGGAGGACCAUCGCAUUCAAGACACACCGACUCCCCAGCCGUCAACCAGCAUCGGAAACGCGCGCGCCUCGACUCGACCAACGAUUUCCAGCACCUCCCCCCAGCGCCGAGCUCUCAGAACUCGCAUCUCAUCCUCCAGUGGCGUCUGAAGAAGGAGCAAAAGGAGUGCGAGUUCCGGGAGCAAAAGCUGAAGCAUGAGGCCGAGAAGCACGAAAUGGAGAUGAAACUGAUGAAGGCGAAACUUGCGUCGGUGAAGCGCAACUCGUUGGACAUU